GGCAGGAAGGAACUGGUCUGGCCACACUUGCUAGGCUCCCGUAUCUGAUUCUCUGGAUCGGAUCAGCGUCUGGCUUUGUUUCCUGACUCCCAGGGAAAGACUUCCCCUGCAAGUGCCGUCGAGUCCAUCCUCAGAGCUUGGACUCCUACAGCCCGUAGAGCCGGAUCCCUACAGUGUUCCAGGUCCCGACUCUAGCAGACACUGAGCGAUGGCCUCUAUGGGGCUACAGGUGAUGGGCAUCGCGCUGGCCGUGCUGGGCUGGCUGGGCGCCAUGCUGAGCUGUGCGCUGCCCAUGUGGCGGGUGACAGCCUUCAUCGGCAGCAACAUCGUCACAUCGCAGACCAUCUGGGAGGGCCUGUGGAUGAACUGCGUGGUGCAGAGCACCGGCCAGAUGCAGUGCAAGGUGUACGACUCGCUGCUGGCGCUGCCGCAGGACCUGCAGGCGGCCCGCGCUCUCAUCGUCAUCUGCAUUAUCGUGGCUGCGCUGGGUGUGCUGCUGUCCGUGGUGGGGGGCAAAUGCACCAACUGCGUGGAGGACGAGAGUGCCAAGGCCAAGACCAUGAUCGUGGCGGGUGUGGUGUUCCUGCUGGCUGGCCUGCUGGUGUUGGUGCCCGUGUCCUGGACGGCCAACACCAUCAUCCGUGACUUCUACAACCCGCUGGUGGCUUCUGGGCAGAAGCGCGAGAUGGGUGCCUCCCUCUACGUCGGCUGGGCCGCCUCAGGCCUGCUGCUGCUUGGGGGAGCCCUGCUGUGCUGCAACUGCCCACCCCGCACCGACAAGCCCUACUCGGCCAAGUAUUCUGCUGCCCGCUCUGCUGCAGCCAGCAACUAUGUGUAAGGCGCGGCUGCUUCGCUCUGUCCCUUUUGUCUUUGUCUUUCCCUGGACUGAGCUCAGCGCUGCCUGUGACCCCAGGACAACUCUGCCAUGGGCUGCUGGGGGCUGGGCAAGCCCUCAGCCCCUUCUGCCCACUCAGACUCCUUACCAAGGCCUCUCCUCACUAACGAGGAUGGACGGAAAGAGACUCCCGUGCCACACUCCUCCGAAUUCUCCGUGGGUAGAGGGGAGGGGGCGGAAGCAGCAGGGUGUGGUGGUGGAGUGGGGAGCUGGCUCCUGCUGGCCAGGACAGCUCAGCCCUGAUGUUGGCCUUGGCCUCUGAGUAGGUGCCCAGCCCACACCACUGUUGGCCACUGUCCUUUUUUUGAUCCUCCCCACUCCCUCUGCCCGCCUCUUCUGGGGCUCCAGCUCUUCUCUUGCCACUGUCUCCCCCUGUUCUCAGGCACUCCUGGCUCUGCCUAGGCCUUGGUGUGAUGGCAGGUGACUUGGGUGGGCCAGUGACUUGCCCUUGGGUUGUGCCUCGUCCAUGGAAACCUGUGGCCAUGAGGAUGUCUCCGGACUCGCCCACCCACCCACCUGCUCAUGGAGCAGAGUGGACAGACAGGUUUGGAGGGGAGGGGUGAAGGUGAUACAAACUGGUUUGGGUGGUAGUGGAGGAGGGGGCCAGAGAGGCAGUUCAGCUGUCCCCGUGCCUUCCUGCCCCUGCUCUGCUGCCACAGGACUUUCUGUCUCACCCACCUCAACAAAAGGACCCCUGGCUCCCUCUGAAUCCUCCAACUCUGCCAAGGACACUGGCUAAACUGGGGAGCGGGGGACAGCCUCACCCCAGGAAGUCCUGGGGUUUUUCCCUGUCUUCUAUGUGGUUUCUGUUUUGUAAUUUAAGAAGAUCUAUUCAUCGCUGUUAUUAUUAUUAUUUUCUACAAUAAACGGGACCUGUGCACA